AUGGAUCACGAUAUUACGUCUCACGUUGUUUCGACAGUUCGAUCAUUUGACAAACAUUCUGCAGCAACCACAAUUAGCGAUGUUCAUACCACGGUCGUGACCACGACAUAUUGCAAUGAGAAUGAAUGCUCUGUGAGCCCUGUUACAACUGGCGUGUCUUACUUCACAACAAUCGUUCAUGGAACCAAGACCACAUAUACCACCUACUGUCCGUUGUCUACCAUGAUUGAGACAGUAUCCUCGGAGAUUGCAAGCAGCAUUGAUACAACAAAUGGCCCCAACUCGGUUUCUAUUGUUUCAGCUACUGAUAACAUCGCGGCAACAUCGUCUAUCAAAACCUUCACAGUGAAUGCACCUGCAGAGUCGACAGUUAACGUUAUCACUAACAAUAUUCUUACGCAAACUAAGACGGUUUCAGCUGUCUCAACCCCAGGCUCGAGUAUCAAGACUCAAUCCACAGCAAUCAUUAGCUCCUUCGAAGGUGCUGCCGCGCGCGCUUUCCCAGCAGCGAUUGUGUUGCCUUUCAUUUAUUUCCUUCUUUAG